AUGUCCAUCGCUAUGGCUUAUACUCCAGCAGUAACACAGGAGCACACUGCAACUGAGAGAUCUUGGACAUCAGCAACCCAACAACAGCCAUCUUCACGGUCUGCUACUCAAAAGCGCAGCAAUAACGGCAUCACUAUUGCUCAUCCGGAACCUGUGGUCAAGCGCACUGUCACUGUGCAAGAUCUUUCCUAUCCGGAGCCCAUGCAAGGUCUGCUGAUUAUACAAAGCGAUAGUGAGGAUGAUGAUGACGAUGCCGACAAUGAGCGUAUCAGCAGCAGCAGCAGCAGUAGUAGUAGUAGUAGCAGCAGCAGCAGUAGCAACGGUUGCCAUGACGACAGCCAAAAUGAUCACCAUCACACUACGGCAAGGACACCACUAGUGGAAACGGUUUCCAAUCAACAAGUCAAGACGAAAAAGAAGCCUUUGCCACCUGUGCCACUGUUUGUGCCUGAUUUGCAUGGUGACACAACAUUUGAUCAGCAGCAGCAACAACAACAACAGGAACAAGAAGGAUCCGCUAUCACACCCGAGAGCCCAUUUUUGAUGAUCCCUACUCCACUUGAGCCUAUCCAAGAAUCACUUGACAGCACCAUUGAGGAUGAAGUAGCAUUGUAUCAAUCCGAUGACGAUGAUGAUGACGAUGACAAAGAUGCAUCCGACGUUGCACACGAUGAGAAAACAACAACCGAGAAUGUAUCAUCAGAUGACUCCAAUCAACACGAUACCAUAACAACAACUACAACAACAUUGGAAGCACCUGCAAUCACCCAUCAAAGUGAUGUUGUAUCGGUGGCAUCUUCUACACACACUCAAAAGCCAUUUGAACCAGGACCUGCACAAACACCACAUACACCUGAGGAAGCACAACCCGCCACAAUUUGGUCUGUGGAUAACAGCGCAUCAAGUAUUCGCACUAGCGAUGAGGAUGAUCAGCAUAGCUUACGACGACGUGCAUCCAAGGAAGAGCUACCACCACCCAUCAACACCCAGUUGACUUCCAACGUAUCUUUAUGCAGUCGCUGCAGCUCUAUCUCUAGUGCACCAUCCUCAGCCGUCUCCAUGCUUUCAAAUCAAGAUCUUCUUUUACGUGCAGCAGCAGCUGCUUCUCCUUCACACAUCCCAAGGACCGCAUCAGCCAUUUCAUUGGGAUCAACAGCAUCAUCAUCUCGACCCAUGUCACAUGUUUGGGAACCACACCAACAGCCAUUGAUGUUGCCACCCAACAACAACAAUCCUAUGCAGUACAAUCAUCAUCAACAACCACUUGCAUUUCAAAGGCAGCAACAACCAUCCCCUAUGGGAAGUCCAUUGCACAAGGCUCAAUCUACUCCUCAUCUUGCCACCACGGCUGCUACCAACAAUGCUGCUGCUGUUGAUGCAUUGCUACAACCUGUUCCUGUCAAAUCGCGUUUGAGCAUUGCAUCAUUUAGCUUGACACAUGACAAGGAUGCUAUCAAGACCUAUCGACGUAUGGCAAGCAAGACACACAACAAGGCUAUCCAGUUGACGUAUGCCAAAUAUCUACUUGAUGUGGCACGUUUGUACAAAAGCAAUCAGAGCACACGUGAGCGUUUAUUGUCCGAAGCCGGGUAUUGGAUUGAGCGACUUGCCAAAGCUGGUCUUGCCGAAGCAUUGUUUAUCAAGGGUAAAUGGCAUCUUCAGCAACCCGAGAUUGAAGAAUGUGACCAGUCGUAUCGCAGCAAGCCACAACCUCUCAAGGCAUACAAAUGUUUCCAAGCAGCUGCACGUGCUGGGUGGGUGGACGCUUACUAUGAGCUGGCUCGAUACCAAAAGUCACGUGGCGAGUACGCACGUGCUGUUGAUUGCUACAAACUUGCAGCAUCCAAGGGUCACACAUUGGCGACAUAUAAAAUGGCCAAGAUUCUCUUGAGAGGACAAUUGCACCAAAAGCGUAAUAUCAAGCUGGGUCUCGAAUAUCUACAAAAGGCAGCCGAUGCAUUGGAUGACGAUAGUGCCGAACCUGCCUAUGUCUUGAGCUGUGUAUACGCCGAUGAACUUGAGCGUAUUGGUAUUGCAAGAGAAUCACAAAUGUCAAGGGAAAAUAUACCAUUGGCCAUCUUUUAUCUUAAAAAGGCAGCGCAAACGGGUUUGCCUAUGGCUGUACACCGCAUGGGUCAAGUGCAUGAGCAUGGUCUAUUGAACCUUCCUAGAGAUGCAUGGCAAGGCUAUUCAUGCUAUGUUCGAGCGGCUGAGGAUGGUCAUGAAGGCGCCAUGUUGGAUCUUUCACGGCUAUACGCACAAGGGAUCGCCGGUUAUUUGAUGCCACAGUAUGAGAUCGCUUUCAAAUGGUGUCAACGUGCUGCAGACAAAGGAUUGGAACAAGCUGAAUAUGUCCUUGGGACGUAUUAUGAAGAUGGCAUCGGCACAUUGCCUGAUUACCCACGUGCUCUCGAAUACUUUAGCAAGGCAGCAUCCAAGGGCUAUGCACCGGCUGAAGAAAAACUCAAUGUUCCUACCACUUCAUUUGCCACAGGUGCAUCAUCAUCAUCAUCAUCCACCCAUCUCCCCUCCACAAGCGAAAAUGUUUCCUCAAAGCUCUCAUCAUUAAGGAUUAAGCGUCAACCUGCAGCAGAACGUCCCACCAAUGAUGAUGAUGAUGAUUUUCCCGCAACAUCCAAUCGGUUGGAAUACCAGCAAAAGUCCUCCUCUUACAAUAACAGGAAACCUGAACCAUCCCCCGCAAACUGCUUCAUCAUGUAG